GGUUGCGAAGCUGCCUGCAUCAUCUGCAGCAGAGCCAGGAGCCGACGAGCAGAACCCCGAGAAAGAAAAAAAAAUGGCGUUCACAUUCGCGGCCUUUUGUUACAUGCUGGCGCUGCUGCUCACGGCGGCGCUUAUCUUCUUCGCUAUCUGGCAUAUAAUAGCAUUUGAUGAGCUGAAGACUGAUUACAAGAAUCCUAUAGAUCAGUGUAACACUUUAAAUCCGCUGGUUCUCCCAGAAUAUCUCAUCCAUUUCUUCUUCUGCGUGAUGUUCUUCUGUGCGGCCGAGUGGCUCACCCUCUGUCUCAACCUACCACUGCUGGCUUAUCAUGUCUGGAGGUAUAUGAGCAGACCUGUGAUGAGCUGUCCAGGACUCUACGACCCAACGACCAUCAUGAACGCCGACAUCCUGGCGUUCUGUCAAAAAGAAGGCUGGUGCAAACUGGCUUUCUACCUGCUGUCAUUCUUCUACUAUCUCUACGGGAUGAUUUAUGUUCUGGUGAGCUCUUAAACUGGACGAUGAAGGAAAAGGACCUGCAUGUACAGAAGACGACCAGACACUAUGAUCUUAGUGCUGGAACACUGGGCCUGCUGGGAAAAAAACACCGUUCAGCAACUCAAAACGCCAUUUCAAGCGGACAAACUUUCAACCCCCUCCACUACGCAGCGCAGAGUGUCAUUUUGGAAACAUUUAGCCCGCUUUAAGAAAAUCUCGGUCGCAGCGUUCCUCUCACAGCACUAUAGUUUAAAUUUUAUGGAAAAUGAGGACAAACCCUAAUGGACAUGUUGUUUUUUCCCUUUUUUUUUUAAUGCUGUGAUUUUGAUGCUUGUGAUUUGAAUAAAGUUAUUUUUUUUUUUUUUUUUUUUUUUUUUCAAUCUUGGCUCCCAACUUUUGAGUGUUUACAGAUUUAGGUAGACAUUUUCAGGUGUGCGUUAUCUGUGAGAAUCUGAGCUGUUUAGUGAACUGCAUUAGUUUUUUCCUGUGAAUUACAUUCUGGGCUUUAACAGCUAAUUUAUUACUCUGCAGCGUGAGUCAUUAUCAUCACUAAAACAAAUGGUUAAAUGCAAACUACACUAAUGUUAUUGCUCACAGAUGCAUAAGCUCUUUUAAAAUGGACGUUUUGGGAUUUGAAGGAGCCGUUUUGUACAGUGAGGGCUGAAGUGCAUGGGUUGUUAUCACUUAGUGGAACAUGUUGCACAGGGACAAUCACUAUCUGGUUGUCACAUCAGUUUUUAGAAACUAUCUGAUGUAUUCUUUCCAUACUUCAGACUCAUCCAUCAUCGCAUUUCCAUUAUGUAAUCCCUGUUGAAAUCAAUGGCAAUAUUUGUUGUGUGUGAAUCCAGAGUAGCCAGCAAUGUGUGACCUGUAUUUCUGUAGAAUCGCCCCUCGCAGCUAUCGAUAAAUAGAAGGUAGACUCAACAGUACAAUAAUAUAUCCAAGCAAUUAUGAAGCAACAGUACUUGUUAUUCUCCUCAUUACUUUGGAAACUGCGAGUAUGCCAUACUGUUGAAUGUACCUUUUGAGAUUUCUUAAGACUGUCAUUUGUGCGUUUUGUUCAUUUCACCACAAACUAUUCCACAUUAGCAAACUCCAGUGUUUAUUUAUUCAACGUUUUUUUAAUUUUAUUUUUUAUGUCCAAGAUAUCAAAGCACUCCACGCAGUGACUCAUUUCCAGUAAUGGAAUCUGGAAAUGUUUGUUUUCUCAAUAGAAUCAAAAGACAUUAGACUGAGAUUUUCAUAAAUACUAGAGUAUUUAUUGCCAUUUUUCAAAUGUGUACAUUUAUCAGGGGAAGCUAUGGUCAUUUGUCACAGAUAACAUCAAAAGUCUUAUGUAUUAGAUCCCAUCAUGUCACAUCUAGGAAACGACAACUUGAGUUUAUUUGAAUCUAAAUAAAACUAUCCCACUCUGUUAUAAAGGACUGGAAUGUUGUUUUAAAUCAAAACCUUUUAACGGACAUGAGUUCAUGAGUGGCAAAAAUACAUAUUUUAUUAGCCAUGCUAGCGAUGUGGCUAAUAAAAAAAUGUUAGGAUGAAUAAUGUUGAGUAGGAAAGUACUGAUUUGUAGUACAGAUUGAGAGAAGACGGUAUUUCAGAAAAUGCAGUUCAUUGGACAUAAAAAUAGAGUACAGACACAAAAGAAGACCUUUUCUCAGUUGACAUCCUCAACAAUCAUGACAAACACCUCCAUUAUGUUUUAAAUGUAAUAUCAAUGCAUACAUGUUGUAAACCUGCUAAUAAACACCCCACCAGGUUAUCCUCAAGUCUUUCAUUUGAUUAUAAUGAGGAGGAGAAAAAAAGCAAUAUAUUAGAGUAUUCUGUUAAAGUGCAAUCAAUCGAGAAUACAAUUACAU